CGCCGAGCUUGACCUUGGGUCGGGCCCCCGCGGGUGGGACCGCCGUGCCCGGGAAGCGGCGACUUCGAGCCUCUUCUCUCGGUCUCCCGAGCAGGCUGCGCUGCGAGAGCGCGGGCCGCGCCCUCCCGCCUCCUGGCGCUCCCCAUGCACCUGCCCGGCUGCGCCCCCGCCAUGGCCGACGGCAGCUUCUCGCUGGCCGGCCACCUGCUCCGCAGCCCGGGAGGGAGCACCUCGCGGCUGCACAGCAUCGAGGCUAUCCUGGGAUUUACCAAGGACGACGGGAUCCUCGGUUCCUUCUCGGCGGAGCCGGGCCCUCGGGGAGCGAAGGAGCGGGAUAGGAGGCCGGGCGCGCGGGCCGCUUGCCCCAAGGCGCCGGGGGGAGGCGCCGAGCCCUCCGCGCAGCCUGCCCCGGUGCCCGCUCCCGAGUACGAAGCCCCUCGACCCUAUUGCCCCAAGGAGCCUGGGGAGGCGCGGCCGAGCCCAGGGCUGCCGGUCGGUCCCGCCACCAGCGACGCGAAGCUGUCGGACGAGGAGCAGCCCAAGAAGAAGCACCGGAGGAACCGCACGACCUUCACCACAUACCAGCUGCACGAGCUGGAGCGCGCGUUCGAGAAGUCUCACUACCCCGACGUGUACAGCCGCGAGGAGCUGGCAGGCAAGGUCAACCUACCCGAAGUCCGGGUCCAGGUGUGGUUCCAGAACCGACGGGCCAAGUGGCGGCGGCAGGAGAAGCUGGAGGUGUCGUCCAUGAAGCUGCAAGACUCGCCCCUCCUGUCCUUCAGCCGCUCGCCGCCCUCGGCGGCCCUGGCGCCCCUCGGGACGGGCCCGGGCGGCGGCGGCGGGCCGGCGGGGGGCGCCCUGCCGCUCGAGUCGUGGCUCGGGUCGCCGCUGCCGGGCGGGGGCGCCACGGCGCUGCAGAGCCUGCCGGGCUUCGGGCCGCCGGCGCAGAGCCUGCCCGCCAGCUACACGCCGCCGCCGCCGCCCUUCCUCAACUCCCCGCCGCCGGGCCCCGGCCUGCAGCCUCUCGGGCCGCCGCCGCCCGCCUACCCGUGCGCGCCCGGCUUCGGGGACAAGUUCCCGCUGGACGAGGCGGACCCGCGCAACAGCAGCAUCGCGGCCCUGCGCCUCAAGGCCAAGGAGCACAUCCAGGCCAUCGGGAAGCCGUGGCAGGCCCUCUAG